CACGGGAGGUUGCUCUCUCUGGCCAAUUGGACGCCGCAGAUUAUUUUGGUGGCAUCCUGGAGUGGGCCCUCCCGCGCUCUAAACCAAAACGUGGAAUUUCGUCGUCGUUUUGAUCCUUCCGGAGUUUUUGCACGUCUAUUUAUUUGUCCACCGUCUUCAUCUGAUUUUCACGUACUUACACUCACUCACAGAGUGUGCACGUUAAGCAGUGAGCUGGUGCGCACGUUAACUGAAACUCAGGAUGAUGGGUCGGAAAUUGGUUUUCUCGGUUUUCUUUCUGAUGAUUGUAUUAGCCAACGUGGCGGCGCAGUCUCCGGGGACACCUCCGACUACUACGCCGGCUCCUCCUACCACUACGCCACCUCCAGCUUUUACUCCACCUCCAGCGGCGAGUCCACCACCGGCGGUCACCUCUCCACCUCCGGCGACACCGCCGCCGGUUUCCUCUCCUCCUCCUUCAUCUCCACCUCCUGCUUCUCCUCCUCCUGCAUCUCCCCCUCCUGCAUCCCCUCCUCCGGCUUCUCCUCCUCCAGCAUCUCCUCCUCCGGCUUCACCACCUCCUGCUUCACCACCUCCGGCAUCUCCUCCUCCGGCUUCUCCUCCCCCUGCUAGUCCCCCUCCGGCGUCUCCACCUCCAGCUGUGCCUCCUCCUGCUCCAUUGGCAGCUCCACCAGCUCAGGUCCCGGCUCCUGCUCCCAGCAAGAAGAAGGUAAAGUCUCCGGCAAAAUCGCCGCCGGCUCCCCCGACGGAGGCUCCCGCGCCAACUCUCCAGUCCAUCUCCCCCGGCCCAUCCUCACAGACUGAUCAGAGUGGAGCAGAGAAAGUUUGGGCAGUUCAAAAAAUGGCGGAGAGUCUGGUGGGUGGAUGGAUUCUUGUUUGGUUGCUUCUCUAGACACACGUCUCUCUGGGGUUCCAUCAGUUAUUUUUUUGGUUUAAUUCUUCUGUGUCGUUACAUUUUGGUUCUUUAUAAUAUUAUUAUCAUUGGCUGCCAUUUGAUGGAUUAUGGGACUUCAUUUUUCUAUGUAUGUGCGCAUAUAUAUAUAUAUAUUAUAUGUAUACAAAUUCUGUUGGAUUCUUUGGGAGAUUUUGAGGGCAGCUUUGAAUUUUUGUAUGGUAUUAUCAGGGGAGAGUUUAUUUUGUAUGGAUUUUGUUGGUAGCUCAUUCUCCCAUCAUUUUAUUUCU